AGAUCGGUUCAUACACGACUGAACAAGCUUAUCGUCUCGCGCCUACCUCUUGCCCUUCCACCGAUAGCCAAAACUCCCGAACUAUACGCUCACGGUAUCAACACCUUUGGCGACAUCUACCUUGUCUUCGAGAACUGCUGGCGCGUCCUUAUCGCAGAGGUCGACAAGCCCAACGCAAAUGUUUCCUCGCACGACACAAAUCUGCGCCAAUGGCUUUCUCAACUAGUCCCACCUGGUCUCUGGCGCUCCGAUGCCAUCAAGAAAGACUUAGAAUACUUGGAGACAGUCACCGGUGCUGACUUAGAGGCUGUAUCAAACGAACAGCUUCGCUCUUUCACGGCGCAUAUAUAUCGCCAGACUCGAGAAAAGCCCCAUGUCUUGGUUGCCUAUGCCUGGAUUAUGUACAUGGCCAUAUUCUCUGGUGGUCGUUGGAUCAGGGAGCAGCUGACAGAAUCCGGGCCAGAGUUUUGGGGCGUUGCUCACGAGUCGGACAAGACUGCGUAUUGGAUCCAUGGAACUCUAAGGCCAGGCUUCACCCUGUUUUGCUUCUCAGGAACAAGAGAUGGAGAGGACAUCAAGACGGACUUCAAGACUAGGCUAGAGAAAGCCGAGGAGCUCUUGACAGCACACGAGCGCAAGGACAUCAUCGAUGAGGCUCAAUUCAUCUUUGAACAGUGUGUUGCGAUUGUCGAAGGUCUCGACAAGCAGCUCAUGACGGACCUCGAA